AUGGAGGGACCCACUCCGCCGCCGCCGCCGCCGCAGCCCCCGGAGCCGGCCCAAGAUGGCGGCGGGACGGCCCCACUCUCCGGAAGUGACCCCUCCCGUCGCCAGCGGAAGGGGCGGGGCCUCAACCGCCGGAAGCGGUCGCGGAACCGGGCGAGGCGCCGCCGAGCCGGAAGUGACGCCUGGGAGGCGCUCCGGAAACCUGCACGCGGCUGUGACACCCUCAAUCCCCGCACCCGCCCUCGAGCUGCCAGGCCCAGACCCCCAGGGUGGGCACAGGCUCAGCCCUGGGGAGGUGUGUGGGGGGGUCUGGAUGCUCCCGGGGAACCCUGGCCGCCACCGUGGGGCUCAGCCUCCUGCUGCGCCCCAGGGAGCCUGGGCACGGACACGGAGGAGCGGCUGGUUGAGUAUCUGCUGGACCCCGCGCGCUACAACAAGCUGAUCCGGCCGGCGACCAACGGCUCCGAGCUGGUGACCGUGCAGCUGAUGGUGUCGCUGGCGCAGCUCAUCAGCGUGCACGAACGGGAGCAGAUCAUGACCACCAAUGUCUGGCUGACGCAGGAGUGGGAAGACUACCGCCUCACCUGGAAGCCGGAGGAUUUUGACAACAUGAAGAAAGUCCGCCUGCCCUCCAAGCACAUCUGGCUGCCUGAUGUGGUGCUCUACAACAAUGCUGAUGGGAUGUACGAGGUCUCCUUCUACUCCAAUGCGGUGAUCUCCUACGAUGGCAGCAUCUUCUGGCUGCCGCCGGCCAUCUACAAGAGUGCAUGCAAGAUCGAGGUGAAGCACUUCCCCUUCGACCAGCAGAACUGCACCAUGAAGUUCCGCUCCUGGACCUAUGACCGCACCGAGAUCGACCUGGUGCUGAAGAGCGAGGUGGCCAGCCUGGAUGACUUCACGCCCAGUGGCGAGUGGGACAUCGUGGCACUGCCGGGACGCCGCAAUGAGAAUCCCGAUGACUCCACCUACGUGGACAUCACCUACGACUUCAUUAUCCGGCGCAAGCCGCUCUUCUACACCAUCAACCUCAUCAUCCCCUGCAUUCUCAUCACCUCCCUGGCCAUCCUCGUCUUCUACCUCCCGUCCGACUGCGGCGAGAAGAUGACGCUCUGCAUCUCCGUCCUGCUCGCCCUCACCGUCUUCCUGCUGCUCAUCUCCAAGAUUGUGCCACCCACGUCACUGGACGUGCCACUAGUGGGCAAGUACCUUAUGUUCACCAUGGUGCUGGUAACCUUCUCCAUCGUCACCAGCGUCUGCGUCCUCAAUGUGCACCACCGCUCACCCACCACGCACACCAUGCCACCUUGGGUCCGCACCCUCUUCCUCCGCAAGCUCCCGGCACUGCUCUUCAUGAAGCAGCCGCGGCAGAACUGUGCACGCCAGCGCCUGCGCCAGCGCCGGCACACCCAGGAGCGCGCCGCCACCGCCACCCUCUUCCUCCAGGCUGGUGCCCGCGCCUGCACCUGCUACGCCAACCCUGGCACUGCCAAGGCUGAGGGGCUCAAUGGCUACCGGGAGCAGCAGGGGCAGGCGCCAGCCCCUGCGGCUGGCUGCGCCUGCGGGCUGGAAGAGGCGGUGGACGGCGUGCGCUUCAUCGCCGACCACAUGCGCAGCGAGGACGACGACCAGAGUGUGAGCGAGGACUGGAAGUACGUGGCCAUGGUCAUCGACCGUCUCUUCUUAUGGAUCUUCGUCUUCGUCUGUGUCUUCGGCACCGUCGGCAUGUUUCUCCAGCCCCUCUUCCAGAACUACGCCACCAACUCCCUGCUGCAGCUCGGCCAGGGCACCCCCACCUCCAAAUAGCGCCCAGGUGGUCGCCCGCCCUCCCCGCCGGCCCCAGGGACAGCGAGGGACCCUGAGCUCCGCACCCUCUCCCAGCCACCAAGCCAGGGGCCAGCCGGUCCCA